AUGGGUCGCAUGCACUGUAAGUGUCCACCUCCAUCGCCGCAGGCGAGCAGUUCGGCACAGCAGCUCGGCAUCGUUCCGCCAGCCCUCUCGUCAUCACUUCGCAUAGCAUCGCAUCGCUGGAGUCAACAAGCCACACCUGCCGUAGUGCUGGCCUGCACAUGGUCGUCGUUCCGGAUUCGAUGUCGGAAGCAGCAAUGCAUCCGACUCGUAUCCAGGAGUUUCACCGCCAAGGGAAAGGGUAUCUCCGCUUCGGCUCUGCCCUACCGCCGCACUCCCCCCUCGUGGCUCAAGACCACGCCCGAGGAGGUUGUCGAGCAGAUUGUCAAGCUCGCCCGUAAGGGUAUGACCCCCUCGCAGAUCGGUGUUCAGCUCCGUGACUCGCAGGGCAUUGCCCAGGUGCGUUUCGUCACCGGUAACAAGAUCCUGCGUAUCCUCAAGUCGCAGGGCCUUGCUCCCCAGAUUCCCGAGGACCUGUACCACCUCAUCAAGAAGGCCGUCUCGGUGCGCAAGCACCUCGAGCGCAACCGCAAGGACAUGGACUCCAAGUUCCGCCUCAUUCUCAUCGAGUCGCGUAUCCACCGUCUGGCCCGCUACUACAAGACCAAGGGUGCCGUUCCCCCUACCUUCAAGUACGAGGCCGCCACCGCUUCCACCCUCGUUGCCUAA